AUGUCUUCGUCGUGUACAGAGGAGCGUAUACCCCUCGUGGGCUAUGGAGAACCUGCCAUGGCCAUUUACACCCCGUCUCUCUUUUCUAGUGCUCAAUCCCCGGUCUCUCUAGUUGGUUCCGACCUUGCACUAAGUCCCGCCGCCCCGGCGUCCCCCCGUGCUUCAUCCUGCGGAUCCAACGCAUCCGCUGGAUCUGUUGAUUAUCUCGCCAAGUUUGCUUCGCUACUUGAAAGGAUUCAGCCUGAAUCCAUAAUUGCCAUGGCUCUUCGCAUUUACCAGGGAUGGUCCGCAUCACCUUCAGCUAACCAGGUCACCUGCACUCUGGUUUCUCCUCCCCUCUGUGGAUCCUUCAAUUUGAUCCACGUCCUGAAUUUCUCCGACGGUGUCAAGUGGAUAUUGCGACUUCCCCUAGAAACCCUGGAGGGAUCCUCCACCACUGCGCGCCGUCUCGAGUCGGAAGUUAUGACCAUGGGGUUCAUCCGCCAAAACACCACAAUCCCGAUCCCUGAGGUCAUUAGCUUUGACCCCCACACCGAAAAUGAAAUCACGUCACCCUACAUCAUCAUGCCUUUCGACGAAGGAACUCCCGUGUGUCAGAUCUGGUGGGAUGAGUGUGGCCCGACCCCGCUAGAAAAACGCAGGCACAAGAUCCUGGACACCGUUGCCGACGCCAUGUCGCAGCUCACGAAGUUUAGGUUCAACAAAAUUGGAAUGCUGGAAUUUGAGGUGGGCUCUCUUUCGCCCAAAGUUGGCCCAAUCAAUGUCCUUGAUCAAGGUGUGGAGAUGGAGCAGUAUGCGACACAAGAAGAUACUGGUGCUGUUUUUAAGCACAUUGGGCCUUUCGAUAGCUCCCAGGAGUACAUAACUUCUUUACAUGAUUCUCAGGAGGCUCCAGACGAUUCGUAUGGCGUUGGAAUGCAUAGGCUGCUUGCUAUGAUGAUUGAAAACCUUCCCCUUUCCUCUCCGAUUGAAGGAAAGGAAUCAUUCGGGCUCACCCACCCCGACUUUAGCGGUCAAAACUUCCUUGUAUCCGAGGAUGGGACUCUUACAGCAAUCAUCGACUGGGACAACGUUCAAACAGCCCCCGACUGCAUCGGAUGCUGCUCAUACCCAGCAUGGCUUACACGCGAUUGGGACCCCCUCAUGUACGGCUACGGCACUCCCGAUACCAAGUGGGAAAACUCUCCAGAGGAACUCGAGGGUUACCGUAACUAUUACGCUACGAAGAUGACUUCCUUGGGCAGCGCUAAAUUUACUACAAAGUCUCACAUUCACGAGGCUGUCUGUAUUGCCGCAUCCAAUCCCCUUUGUAUGUACCACAUUACCGACAAAAUCUUUCAUCACAUGUUUCCGGAGGAGGGCAUCGAUGACGAUUAUAAUCCGGAUACACUUGAUCUGGGGAUGAUUACUGAAGCGCUGGGUGGAGAGGGUCUGGAGGAAGAGGUGGAGCAAAGAAUUUUAGGUAGCAUCAAAGAGUUGCUAUCACUUCCAGGUGAUGCUCCAACCCACUCGGUGUCUUCUCAAUGGUCCAAAGGUUCGAGGCUCUGGCAUUUCAUUGGAAAGUGGACUGGAGUCACUCUGAUCUUUUCUUUGUGCGCUUCCCUUCAUUCUCGCGGUGUGAUCUCAGCACUUUUGAGAUGGCCUGGUAUCAUCAAUUUCUUCAUGGGGCCUAGGGCCAGGAACGAGUCUAUGGUUUGA